AUGGAAAGAGGAAGAGCUAAUCAAUUUAAAAGAGGAACAAGAGGUGGCAGAGGAGAUACUAGAAGAGGAAGAGGAGGCUACUACGGCUAAGAUGAAGAGAAUAAAGAAUUCAAUACCUAAUUUAACCAUAUGCCAAGAUUUAGUGGUUAAAAUGAAUAUGCUGAUAGAAAUCUCUAUCAACAGAACUCAAAUAUUCUGGAAGAAAUGAAAGCGUAAUUAAGAGAAAAUAACAUUGAUAUAUCUCCAGAAAUUCUUGAAAAAUUUCAAUAAUUUGCAAACAUUCAACCUAAUAAUUCCUUAUCAAGAGGUAGAGGCUUUAGAGGAAAAAAUUAUAGAGGUAGAGGAUCUCAAAAUGUAGGAGGACAAGGUAAUAGUUCCAGAAUUAUCCUUGAUUCUGGUAAUAAUUAAAAAACAGAAGGGGGAAGAGCAAGAUUCUUUAUGAAUAAAGAACUGGAAUAGAUAAGAGAAAUGACAGGAUAAUAGAUUGCUUAAAAAUUGUUGGAUUACAAGGACCUCUCAGCUUCGAUUGAUGCAACAAAAUAUUCUGUCAGAGGUUAUUCUCAUCUCAUUAAUAUUUGGUAUAAACUUUGCUAUGAUAAAAGUAUUCAGUCAGCAUAGCUAAAUCUGAUAUCAGUUGGAUUCAUGGAAUCAAAAUUUUUUGAAAGACUCUAGAAUGAUUAUAUUAACGACCUUAUUAGCAACAUUAGAAAUUUGAAUGACUAUAAGUUCAGACUUGAUGAUUUGAAGUUGCUCUUUGAGAUUUUCAUGAUCUUGAUAGACAAAUUUAAAUCUAAGAUUCACAAAAUUCCUAUUGCUAUAUUUGCAGCAUUUAUUAGGGAUGACAUCACAUUAGUUUAAGAAUCUUGUGACUUGCUUAAUCUUCAUAGUCUUUAAGUAAAGGGGCUAUAAGAUAUGGCAAUUAAGUUACUAGAGAAGAGAAUAUAAUGCCUAAAAGACUCCAAAGAAGAGGAGAAAAAGCUAGAUUAGAAGUAAAAGUAAAUGCAAGAAGAGAUGAAGGGAGGAAACUAUAAAAUUAAACCUUAAGAUAACUUUUAAGAUAUAGAUGUUGUUCCAACUUCUCAUGAACUCUUAUCAGGUUAGUAACCUUUUCUUAGACAAAUGCCAGAGAAAGGAGAAUUCGAUGAUACUCAUGACUAUCUAGACAUUGUUUAUAGGUUGCUUAGAGAAGAUGCUAUUAGACCUUUGAGAGAAGGAAUCGAUGUUAUGAAAAAAUUUAAACCUAAGCAGUCCCCUGAACUAAGUAAUUACUAAAUCAUCAAAUAGUUGAACAGAUAGAUGAGAGAUGCAGGAGUGAGAUUUUAUGAAACUACUUAUCUGCAAAACUUAUCAUUUACGAGGAAUAGUCCUGAUGUUGCCAUUACUCUAAGAAUUUAUGAGAACGGGAAAUCGAAUUGGAAUGCAAGUAAAAGAUUACUACCUGGGUCGUUAAUAAUUUUAAGCAAGGAUAAUUUCAAGACUCUUAACUUAUUCUUGGUUUGCGACAGAGAUGCUAAGAAGAUGGCUGACACCUCCAAAAAGUAUAAGUACGUUGAAAUAAAGAUUCAACAUGUGUCAAAUGAAAUUCAAUAAAAUAGAAUGAUAAAUCUUCUUAAUUCUGAUGAGAGUGAUGAUGAAGAAGAUCAAUAUGUGAGAUAACUUUACAAUUAAAAAGAAUCUCCUGUAUUAGAUUUUUAUCUUUAGCACAGAGACUCCUAACUAAAAAUGAUUGAAUCAACUGCAUACUUUGAAUCUUACUAUCAUGUACUCAAGAAAUUAAAGUAAAUGGACUAAUGGGACAGUAUUCCAUUUGCAGAAUAUCUGACUGGCUAAAUAAAGGAAGAUAUCAAUGAGCCAAUCAUAUUUUAGUAGUUUGAAAAUUCGAAUAAAAGGUUAAAUUUCCUUGAAGCAAUUAAUCAAAGUAUCAAAAAAGCAAACUUUGAUUAAAACUAAGCUAAUGCUCUGAAUACUUGCAUGUUUAAAGAGUUAGCAAUAAUUCAAGGUCCCCCUGGUACAGGGAAAACUUAUGUAGGAGAGCAUUUUGUCAGAAUCUUAAUGGAAACAAAAUAAUUUUGGAAGAAAGAUAAAGGCCCGAUACUACUUGUCUGCUAUACAAAUCAUGCAUUAGAUUAAUUUCUAAACUUGAUUAAAAAAUAUACUAAAAAUUUUGUUAGAAUUGGGGGUAGAAGUUAAGAUGAAUCUCUUAAAAACCACUCUAUUCAAUAGUUUAUCAAAAAUAACAAUGUAAAAUAUUCAAGAUCCUUCGGAUAAGUUAUUCGAGAGAUUGACGAUCUCGUACUUAAAAAUUGUCUCAAUCAAACUUUUUCAAGACCAAGAUUUGAAGACUAGUACAAUAUUGCCAUUAAUAUUGUAGUCUAAAAUUUGAAAAAUGAACCCGAUAUGCCAGUAUUAUUUUGGUUAGGACUAAUAGACAUUCAAAAAUACAUUCUUAACUUGAGAGAGGAAAUAAAGCUAAAUAACAUUAACUAGAAUUAAGGUCUAGAUUUCAACGAAGAUGAUUUAAACUAAAGGGAAUUAGAAUAUGAAGAUAUGAUAGAGGAUAAUGCAUCAUAUAAAAACAGAAUAAAGGAAAUCAAAUUUAUUAAGUAGAAGUAUCUUAAUCUCACCAAACAUUUUCAUUCAGAUCUUUCAUCAGAUUUCUUUAAAGGUUUAAAUAGUCAGAUGGAAUGUAUUAAAACAGGUCAAUAACUAGGCUCAACCACUAAAAUUAAUUUUAAUGAUUACCCUCUCUUUGAUCAAAGAAUAGAAAGAAGAUGGUAGAUUAACAACUUUUAUGCGGAUCCUCAAGAUGCUUCCUCCUUCAAGGAAAUUUCUUAGUUAAUAUAAAACUAUAAAAUCAAAUAUCACAGAAAGCAGAGCUUAUAAAGUAUUGCUUACUGCUAAGCAAUCCAAAAGGCAGAUAUAGUAGCAAUGACUACAACUGGUUGCGCAAAAAACAGUGAAUUACUUAUAGAUGUUAACUUCCCAAUUGUAAUAGUUGAAGAAGCAGCCGAGGUAUUUGAGGGUCAUAUUUUAACAGCUCUUAGUUAGAAAACUGAACAUUUGGUAUUAAUUGGUGAUCAUUAGCAACUAAGACCUUCACCAGCUGUUUAUGAAAUGGAAAAGGAAUACAAUUUACAUAUGUCAAUGUUUGAAAGACUUGUUAAGAAUGACUUUGAAUACACUACACUAACAAAUUAAAGAAGAAUGAGGCCAGAAAUCUCCCAGAUGCUUAGAUUCCUUUAUCCAAGUUUAACUGAUGAUAAUAAAGUAAGAAAUUACCCUUCAAUAAAAGGACUAGACAAAAAUGUAUUCUUCAUGAAUCAUAAUCAAUUUGAGUAAGAAGAUGAGGGAUUGACUUCCAAAUUGAAUAAAUUUGAAGCUGAUGUCAUUAUCAAGUUCAGCAAUUAUCUAAUUCAAUAAAACUAUAAGCCCUCUCAAAUUACAGUUUUAUCCUUGUAUCAAGGCCAAUCUUUUUACAUUAAAAAGCUAGUUAAGGAAGGGUAUCACAAAGAUGAUCCCAUAAAUUAAAUUAAGGUAAUAACUGUUGAUAACUUUUAAGGAGAAGAGAAUGACAUCGUAAUAUUAUCAUUAGUUAGGUCCAACGCUAAAAAUAAUAUUGGCUAUCUAAAAGUUAGUAACAGAGUAUGUGUUGCUUUGUCAAGGGCUAAGUAAGGAUUCUAUAUGUUUGGAAAUUCAAAAUGCUUAGAAUAGUAAGAUAUCAAGAAACUUGAUGAGAUUUCUAAACAGUUCCAGAAGGAGGCUGUCUAGAAAAUUGUGACUCUAGAUUACCUUGUGGUCACAAAUGUGAAAGGCUUUGCCACAAUUAUGAGAUAACAGAAACAAAUAAAACUGGCCAUGACAAGCAAAAAUGUUUAAAGACAUGCGAAAGAGUAAAUCCAUGUGGCCAUCCUUGUAAAAGUUAAUGUUUUAAAUGUGUAUAGAAACUUUCAGACUGUCUAGAGAAUAUUUAAGUCCUAAUGGGCUAAUGUGGUCAUUUCAAUACCGUCAAAUGUUUUGAAAGAUACACUGCCAAAUGCAAAUCACUUUGCAAUAAAAAAAAUGUACAGUAAAUGUUAAUAAGAUCUUACCCACUUGCAAGCAUGUAAUUGA